UGAGAAGGAGAAGGCUCAUUAGUUAGCCUGUUAGCAACUGCGUAAAGAUGCAACUGGCUCUAAGUAAAACAUUUGGCCAAAAGCCGGUUAAAUUCCAGUUAGAGCAAGAUGGGGACUUUUAUAUGGUCGGAUCGGAGGUUGGAAACUAUCUUCGCAUGUUCAGAGGCUCUCUGUAUAAAAGAUACCCGUCUCUGUGGAGGAGGUUAGCCUCGGUAGAGGAGAGGAAGAAAAUCGUAGCCUCAUCGCACGCCACCAGUGUGACUCUGCUGAAGGCGUCUGAAUGUGAGGAGAUCUUUGAGGGGAACGACGAGAAAUACAAGGCGGUGUCCAUCAGCACAGAGCCGCCAGCUUUCCUCAGGGAGCAGAAAGCCAAGCGGAGCAGCCAGUGGGUUCCCACGCUGCCCAACAGCUCCCACCACCUCGACGCCGUGCCUUGCUCCACCACCAUCAACCGCAACAGAAUGGGACGAGACAAGAAGAGGACGUUCCCUCUGUGCUUUGACGACCACGAUCCAGCAGUGAUCCACGAGAACGCAGCACAGGUGGAGUCACUGGUUCCUGUUCGCCUGGAUAUGGAGAUAGACGGGCAGAAACUGAGGGAUACGUUUACGUGGAACAUGAACGAGAAACUGAUGACGCCCGAGAUGUUUGCAGAGAUUCUAUGUGACGACCUGGACCUGAAUCCUCUCGCCUUCGUGCCUGCCAUCGCCUCGGCCAUCCGUCAGCAGAUCGAGUCUUACCCCACAGACAGCAUACUGGAGGAGCAGGCGGACCAGAGAGUCAUCAUAAAGCUGAACAUUCACGUGGGGAACAUCUCUCUGGUGGAUCAGUUCGAGUGGGACAUGUCAGAGCAGGAGAACUCGCCCGAGUCGUUCGCUCUGAAGCUCUGCUCUGAGCUCGGUCUGGGCGGAGAGUUCGUUACAACAAUCGCCUACAGCAUCCGGGGUCAGCUCAGCUGGCACCAGCGGACCUACGCCUUCAGUGAGAACCCCCUCCCCACAGUAGAGAUCGCCAUCAGAAACACAGGCGAUGCAGACCAGUGGUGCCCCCUGCUGGAGACGCUUACAGACGCAGAAAUGGAGAAAAAGAUCAGAGACCAGGACAGGAACACGAGGCGUAUGAGACGGCUGGCCAACACGGCUCCUUCCUGGUAGAGAAAACAUGGAGCUGCACCACGUGAUGUUUCUUCUGGAGACUUCUGUUACUCUGAAAGGAUCAUGUAAACCCACAGAGCUACACAAACACACACAUCUGAAACUCAUGAAUGAAGCUUGGACGUCCCUAAAGAGACAUGAAUGUUCACAGCACACAAGGACUGGGAAACAACACACAUGCAGGCAUUCUUCUGCAUAAACUUCAUCAUGUUUCACUGCAUUUAGCACAGAGCUAACAACCAUAGAGCCUGAUUUAUGCUUCUGUGUCGACUAUACUCCAUAGCCCUGAAGCCUGUGCAGAAAUCAGCAUGUAUGGCUGAUGUGCACCUGUGCAGACUGUGGUAAGUCCACUGGGUAGCUUUGGGAGACUAAUUUACUCUAGAGGGAGAGAGGAGGCUGCAGACAGGGAUGGAUGAGUCAAACCUACUUGGCGACAUCAAAAAAUACCAGAAACAAAGCAAAAAAGUUCCUCCUCCUCAGCCCAUUUAGUGGCUUUACUUUCCAUCUCCUCUCAUGUCUCCUCUCUCCUUCAUGCUGCAGUAUAAUCGGCUGAUGAUCGACAUUUAUCAGCUUCAGCAGGACAAGCUCACUUUUAGUUGGCAUGUCUUCCUGGAAAUGUGGCGAUGAGCGAAGGAACUGGGAUAAAAUCCCACUGCUGAGGAGCAUUAGGGUGGAGAGUUGCAGGAAGAAGCACAAACACACAAGUAUGCAGCGCUCACCACAGCUAUCUAUGGCGUAGAUCGAUGCAGAAGUAUAAACCAGGCUUUAACUGAUGUUCGUCAGUGCACAAGGGUUUUCUGUCUGUUACACAUUCACAUGUCCUGCAGCAUUUAUCAUAUGUCAGGCCAGGAGACUCCGGGUUUGUUAAAUCCAUAACUAAGCUCUUCCCUUUCUCUGUUCAGUAGAGUCUAAAAUAACUGACGGGGUUAGGAAGCUUCUUAAAGAUAAAGCAAAAACACUAGAAAGGACGUUUCUGAUGACGACAAAGCGCUCUAACAGCGUCCUCCAGCCACUUCACUUUGAGGAAGUUCCGUUUGUUUUUUCCCUGAUUGGACACCUCUAAAGGUCAGUCUCUAAAGUUUCAGCCUGAAAGACAAACAUCCACACUGUUACUUGCUUUAUUUUCUAAGAUAUCGUCCAUCUUUAUGCCUGGGCUAACAUGGUGAUGGCAUCAGAUCUGAUGCUGAAUCUAAAUCUAAGAGGCAUUAAAACCAUCGAACCCUCAGAGCAAUCCAGCCAUUAAGAUGGCACGCAGAGCUCUGGAGCUGCACCACAUUUUCUCUCAUUUCUUGGACACAUUUUUCCCUCUAGUCUGUUGCAUUAAAAGAUUCAAGACACUCUCUAUUGCGACUGACUUCUAGAAAUGUGCGUGAUUUAAAUCGAACUUGAGAGGCUUCAGCCUGAAUGGUCAAAAACACAUUUUAGGUCAUAAUCUGAUUGGUGCUGAUUUCUUUAAAGUUGAUGAAGAUAUGCACCAAAAUGCAUUUGUUCCUGCAGUCUGCACAAAGCUGUGAAUGCAUUCACACCAGCAUGACGUCACACUGUUCAACUCUGGUGCAAGCAUCGGAGGGGAAAGGGCAACUUAAUUUUAAUCACUCAGAAUGAUCAGUGAACAGCAAAACAAACGAUUCAACCAGCUAAACGAGAAGAAAACUAUCGUUUGAUUCAUGCACAGAAAAGGUCAGAACAGUUUCUGCUCCAGCUUCUUAGAGAAAUUUGGUGGCUGUACUGUUGUGAACUGACCCUCUAUGAAUUUUGACAUCUGACCUGACUUUUGAAUGUUACUGUCACGUCCUAUUCCAACCAUUUUAAUACCAUCAUUUCAAACCCUCCUCAUAAAACCAUGAAAACUAGAAAUAAAAAACCAUGAUUAGCAUGAUUAUGACAACACAAGGGAGAAAAUCUGUUAAAGAGGCACACUAGCCUCUCAGCUGGUAGUCACAUUCAUUCCUACCAGCAUGUAGGGAUACUAAACCACAGUCGGAGCGCCACAGAGAGGAUGUACAGGCUGUUCUUAAAGGAGGGACAGAGUUGUGAUAUCUAAUGCAGAGUACGGACUGAAGCGACGGCUCGUUUCUGCACAGUGUAAAAAGAUGAAACAGUUUUCGCUGCAUUGAUUGAAAGCAGAAGGACCUAAAAGAAUAAAAAAAUGUGGUAUGAUUUGAACUCAUUCAUCAUGACUACAAACAGGAAAUGAGAAUAAGAAAGCUGCAGCGAUGGCUCAGAGUCUGCAGACAUCUACUGAAUGUAAAUGAUUCUUCGAUGUUACCGUUUUAAUCCGAGCAGCAUGCAUGUAUGAAAUAAACGUUAAAACCCCACCAUGAUGUUUCAGCUCAGACGCGGCGCUGGGUUAGAUCAGUGACAUCUUUGCAGCCAAUCAGACUCUGAUGUGGCGCCGGUGUCCAUGCAUGCUCAAACAUACUGUAGGUAGUUCUAACUGUCUGUGCAUGACGGGCCGAUGCUCUCGCUGUCCCAUCCGUGUGCUAAUGCGGGACCGCGUCAGCACACUGAUGGUUUCUGGGAGUUCAGAGCUGACGAGAACCGCCGGUGUCUUUCAACGUGACGAUUUUUCAACUUGAACUUACUGAGAAUGAUGUUAACGUUUGUUGCUUCUUGUUCUCUUCUUUUUGUAAAAUUGCUUUACCUUUGUAGUGGACUUGUUUUUAUAUGGAAAAUAAAAAUGAAGAAAACACGAUGGAAAGAUGUUUUUUAAUACUUUGUGCUGAUUUUUUAGCCAGCAGACGGGGAACCUGUACUUAGAACAUGCAGAUGUGGAAGUUUCCAGCUUAUGGCCUGACAGUAUGGACAGAAAUAUAACCUUAGUUUAUCUGAGUGAAGGAGAGGAUGAUGCAAACUAAUUACUGCAGGAAUAACCCUGGCUGAAAUAAUUAUGGUUAUGAUGUAAAUAUUCUAA